AAAUAAAGCUUCGUACAAUUUUCUAUUAUGAUCGAAAGAAUCGUGAACGCUCGAGAGUGCGCUUCUACUUCGUGAAAUCUUGAAACCAAUUUUUUUGCAGACGAAAGAAAAAUUGUACACAAUUUACAAAGUAUACAAAUGUUAUUCAAUUCUCUGAAUCUACAGGAAUCGCUUACUAACUAUUUUACUAACGGUGAUCACAUAGUCAUAUUGAACUAUUCUUGUAUACUAACGGUGAUUAGAACCGCAGAGAAAUUUGUAUUCCUUAACGACAUUGAAUUUGAGCCGAUUACUAAAAUUCGAUCAUUCUGACAUGUAUUCGUACAUACAUGUACGUAUAUAAUUAAUCGCGUAUUCGUUUGAUUGUAUAAUUUAAUUUCGAAUCCCAUAAUUCGUAUAAUAUGAAAAAGUUCAUGAUCCAUGAAAAACUAUUUCCUAAACAAAAGCGUUAAAAUGAACCGAAUUCUUCGCGUAAUUCGUGACAAGUGUAAACCCCCAAUCGCUUCGUAAUCUACGGAGCUUAAGUACGAGCUGGUACGAGGUAGUACGAGCGUUGUACAGUAGGUAACCUGUGGCGCUUGAAAGUUCAUUCAUUCCGUGCGACUGGGACUGGUGGUUCAGUUUCAGUCAGGUUGCGGCUCACUAAAAGGUGAUGGCUGCAGCGUGCCGUGGAAGAGUGACACGAAGUUGACAUAUUGCGCGAAAACGGUAUCGGACGUCCCCUCGUCUUUCACUUGAAUAUCUUUUAAUGAUCUCCGUCAAAUCCACUAAUGGCAGGAGAGUUGCGUAAAGAGAAGUUUACGGUUCUAGUUCAACCAACGCUGCUCUUUCAGUCAAGUACAAAGGAAAGCUCCACAAUGUUCUAUUGCGAUAUUAAAAUUCAUCAACGAUGGAAGAAAGAAAACUCUCGAAAUCCUGUGACAUUCUGGCAAGAUUGAAUGAGAAUGAACAGAAACUGUUUGAAAAUCAAAAUCAUAACAAGAAAUCAUCUUCUAUUACAUUCGACGAGGUGGAUGCAGAUAUUUUAGCGAAUAAUAAGGAUCACAUCAAUGAUUCGUCCAAAAUCAAUUGCUGUAAUAUCCCUUCGAAACUAUCAUUACCUUCGAAAGAUAUACAGAAUUCAGAAAGCGAGGAGAAACCAUGUUCUAUGAAACAGAACGAUCCGCCACCUUCGCCGACUACUCUACAGUGGGGAAGGGCUAUAGCCGAAGUAAAGGAACAAGCUGUAGCAAAAUUACAAGAUGAACUUAAGAGGGCUCACGAGGAGCUGAAAUUGAAAGAUGAAGAAGUUACUAGACUUUCAAGAAUUAAACAGGAUGUUGAAGCUGAAUUGGAAGAACUCACUGCCAGCCUUUUUCAAGAAGCGCACAACAUGGUUAGGGAAGCAAAUGUUCGCCAAGCUACUGCGGAACGCCUAUUGGAAGAAAGUCGUAUGAAAGCUGAAGUUUUGGCUGCUGAGGUUGCAGCUCUGAAAACGCUGGUGUUGACUUCAACACCAGCGAAACCAAACUUCCAUUUACAUCCCCAAAUCGAUACGAAAAGUCGUUUAAAUAUCGAAGAUGGUCAACAAGGUCUUUUUGCAAGAAAACAUCGAAGAUCACCGUCGCAUUUCAAUUUAAAAUACGGACGAGAGAAUUCUCCACCGGACUCUCCGUUGAGAGAACAAAGACCAUCGUUACCAACUGAUCGAGAAUCUCUGGAAAGAGAUUGGAAAAAAGAAUCAGAAAAGGAUAGAGACAAAGAAUGUAAAGAUUUUGGUUUGGAGGUGGAUCCGAGAAUUCACACGGAGUUUCUUAAAUGGAAAGCUAAUCCGUGCGUAGACAAAGGUGACCCUUUUGUUGGUAGAAUUUUUAAAGAAGACAUCGACCUUUGUCUUGAUUUCCCUAAUAAGGAGUUGGGUAUAAGAGUUAGACAAGCCGUUCUUGAUGGUAUUAUAUUUAUCGAGGCUAUCAGUGACAAAACUAAGUUUACUUUUCGAAAAAAAUGUAUAUUAUUGGAAGCACCGCGACAAUGUUAUUAUCGCAUGAGACUUGGGGAUCAAGAAAAUCAGUGGUACAGCAUAUCACAAAUUUGUCGCAACCGAAUUAUAGCAGUCUGCGAUUUCUUGAAUUAUUUACGUUAUAUUGAGCGUGGUCUUGUCAAAAGCUCAGUUCAUGAUGUUUAUUGGGAAAUUAUACGAUUGCGAAAGGAAAUGGCGUUUGCACGUUUAGGUCUCGAAUUAUCGUCUUAGCAUUCUCCACGGAGGACUUGUUCUAGUCUCAAGUGUAACAAAUUGAGCCAUGGAUCUGUUAUUAUUCGUUUACAUCUAUCGACAGUAGAUUGUUAAAAAAGUUUUGAACGUUCCAACUAGUCUCGAUCUUUUUUUAACGCAUGAUCGAGAAUUUUAUAGAGUAAGUGUUGAAGUUUUAAUGUAUAAAAGCUCUUAAUUCUUCUAUUAUAUAGCGUGAAACGCUGCCACCUUAUUUAAGAAUGUUUAUAUUGAUCGAUUUAAAAAAUUUUAUUUGAGAUUAUAUUUUCUAAAAUGUCGAGAGUACUCUAUUUGUAUCCUCGAAGCGAAAGACUCAUUUAACUGUCUAAACUUAGUUGUACGAUGUAUUUAUUUAUUGACGGACAUAAAAAUACGUUCUGAUCUGUUUUAAGGUGCAAUGAGAUAUUUGUAAGAUAUUGGGGGAACACGGUGCCUUUUGACUUUUCACUUAUAUUGAUAACACAUGAUUAUCUUUUAAUUUCGAUUUCAUAAUUAACAAUGCUUCGUUCGCAUAAUACAGGAAAACUUCUGUUUAACUUUUUAAUCUAUUAUCAACACUUGUAUCUCUUAUUCUUCUUAAAAUCAUAUAGUGGCAACAAGUGAUAAAGCUUGUUGCUUUUACUCAUGUGAGAAAGAAGAGGUAUAGUCUGAAAAGCUUUAGGGAUAAGCUUCUUUCUAAGUUCAAAGUAACAUUAGAUUGUUGUACGCAAUGAAAAUGAGUAUUUAAACAUUGACGGUAAACAGGUUGGUUAUAUCGUUUGCGCAUUUGUUAUACUUUCAAAGUCAGAAUCAUAUGUCUUCGUAAUGCGAAUACCUUUGCAAGAGAUUGCUCAUUCAACUAAAGAUACGUUGUCAUGUAUAUCGAUAACAUCUUAUACGACUACCUUAAUACUUUCAUAAAAUAUGAGCUCCUCAGGUUUUGGCUAAUCAAACGAAAAAUGCCAUACACAAAUCAUUUAUUAAAAAUCAAAAAAAAAGAAGAAAAAAACGAAUGCCUAUGCCACGCAAAGGUGUUGUACUUUAUAUAUACUAGUUGACAUUGCAUUAAAUAAUUUAAAUGUUAUUUUCUAACCCUAAUUUAAGAAUAAACGAUAUUACAUACAUAUAUUCAUUAUAGCGAUUUGAUAUUGUAUUUCGAACAAUCAUGUUUGGUGUAACCGGCAUACAAGUUAGUGCAUAAAUUCCGCGCAAGGUAAUUCUGAACCAUGAGUAUUGUCCAAAGGUACAUUAGUCCUCCAUUGUAGCGAAAGUUGUAUUAUAUCCAAUCUAAGAAAAAGUGUUCUUUUUUUAUGAAGCAAACAUUAACUAGUACCUGGUAACUAGCACACAUAUAAAUGUAUACUGUUGACAAUUUCAUAAAAACAUUAGAUACGUCAUAUAAUUAAUAUAUGACUAAAGGUGAUAUAAAAUGUUUCCAAAUAUUAACAUUUAAUGUGUGGUAUGCUAGAAAUGUCUUUCUAAUAGAAAGUUGCAGCUGAAGAAACGACAAUUUGAUUAUAUAUAUAUUUGUCUUUUUGAUUAAUCUUACUUUCACUCAAAACUCAUAACAAAGACUACUUAUUACAUUACGUAUAAACGGAUAUUAUUACAUGUAAAACUGUUUCGAUUUUCUAAAAUAAUGAAUUUGUUCAUAAUAUAGUGCUUCCAAUUAUUAGACGAAUUCUUUUUCUUUAAAACGUAUAAUUGUUUCUCUAUGUAUGUAAGGAUAUUUUCCUGCUUGAAUAUAUUAAUGGUGCUUUCUAAUAAUUGUUAAGAAAAUAUCUAUACAAAUAUUUACAAAUAUAAAACUUUUAGUCUAAUUUCAUGUUAAUAUUUAGUUUUCUCGAGUAUUCAAAUUUUGUAAAUUAAAUUAUUGUUACAACUAUAGUUAAAAUGCAUUUUGAUUUUGAAUGAUUUUUUCUUUAAAAAAAAUUGACGAAUCUCAGAAACAAAUGGUAGAAAAUAAAAAAAAUUACUCUUUUCCAUACAAAAAGUAAUUGUAAUAUAUGCAGAUGAUACGGGUCGUAACGGUGGAAGGUCAAAGUUUUUAGAAAAAUUACAAUUUGCAUAACAUUAUUGAAGAAGAUCGAAAAUCACGUCGAGUACAUUCGGUGCGAGUACUACGAUUACGCAAUAGAAAACAAAAGUGUACGAUGAUGUUAAACAGUCAAUUAGAAAUAUUUCAAUAGUAAUUGUUCAAACUGUUCAAAGUUGCCAAAGAUUGCUUCCGAAUAAUUAUUAUACAGAAAAACUGAUUUGUUAGAUAGUAGUCUAAUGCAAAAUAGCGUAAGGUUGUUUUACCGCUAAACGAUAAAAUAUCGUGUUCGCAUAAUUAAUAGUAAUUCCCAACGAAUACGUACUGUCCCUGUUGUAGAAAACAUUUUUGUGCAUUCUCCUACGAUGGUACUUGAACGAGAACAUAUAACUUUUUAGUUACUAGUAUAUCAUAAGCACUGUAACCGUAAAUAUUUUUUGAUUUUUAUUUAUCAAAUAAAUUUGAAUACAGUCUAAACGAAA